CAUGAGCAGCGACUCACCCCCACUCCUGCUCCGGGUGAGUGAGUCAGGGUCACUCAGUGACAGCUGUGGCUCGCCUUACAGGAGCUAAAUUGGGAGUUGGAAUGUCACACAGAUGCCCCUUGUCUCCCCACCCCCACGGUAAUAUUAAUCCCCGCUCUGGGGAGUGAGGGACAAACAGUGCUGCCCACAGAGUAAGCGAGACAGUGGUUUGGGCAACAAAAGGAGAAUUUCACGGGAGGGAGGGAUAGAGCUGUAUGUGCCUGGCGAGAGUGGCAAGGAAAGAACAGACAGAAGGGUCAGAGACGACCAGGGACGGGCAGUUGUUAGGGGAAGGGACAGGAAGUAGAGCAGCACCAUUUCAAAGGGAGCAACAGAAGGGAACCUGAGCAUCCACACAGUCCAAGGUGACGAGGGAGGGCCCGGAGGCAGUGAGACCAGGCUGGAGCGAGGGCCACAGCCAGGCCAGGCACCAGCCCUGAGGCAUGAACUUCACAGUGGGUUUCAAGCCGCUGCUAGGGGAUGCGCACAGCAUGGACAACCUGGAGAAGCAGCUCAUCUGCCCCAUCUGCUUGGAGAUGUUCUCCAAGCCCGUGGUGAUCCUGCCCUGCCAGCAUAACCUGUGCCGCAAGUGUGCCAACGAUGUCUUCCAGGCCUCAAAUCCACUGUGGCAAUCCCGGGGCUCCACUGCGGUGUCUUCGGGAGGCCGUUUCCGCUGCCCAUCAUGCAGGCAUGAGGUUGUCCUGGACAGACAUGGUGUCUACGGUCUGCAGCGAAACCUACUGGUGGAGAACAUUAUCGACAUCUACAAGCAGGAGUCCUCACGGCCGCUGCACUCCAAGGCUGAGCAGCACCUCAUGUGCGAGGAGCAUGAGGACGAGAAGAUCAACAUCUACUGCCUGACUUGCGAAGUGCCCACCUGCUCCCUCUGCAAGGUCUUCGGUGCCCACAAGGACUGCGAGGUGGCCCCGCUGCCCACCAUUUACAAGCGCCAGAAGAGCGAGCUCAGCGACGGCAUCGCCAUGCUGGUGGCAGGCAACGACCGAGUGCAAGCUGUGAUCACACAGAUGGAGGAGGUGUGCCAGACCAUCGAGGACAACAGCCGAAGGCAGAAGCAGCUGUUAAACCAGAGGUUUGAGACCCUGUGUGCGGUCCUGGAGGAGCGAAAGGGCGAGCUGCUGCAGGCGCUGGCCCGGGAGCAGGAGGAGAAGCUGCAGCACGUCCGCGGCCUCAUCCGCCAGUACGGAGACCACCUGGAGGCCUCCUCCAAGCUGGUGGAGUCGGCCAUCCAGUCCAUGGAAGAGCCGCAGAUGGCGCUGUACCUCCAGCAGGCCAAGGAGCUGAUCAAUAAGGUCGGGACCAUGUCGAAGGUGGAACUGGCCGGCCGGCCGGAGCCGGGCUACGAGAGCAUGGAGCAGUUCUCCGUGAGCGUGGAGCACGUGGCCGAAAUGCUGGGUACCAUCGACUUCCAGCCCGGCGCUUCCGGAGAGGACGAGGACGAAGAGGUGGCGCUGGACGGGGACGAGGGCAGCGCGGGGCCCGAGGAAGGGCGGCCCGACGCGCCCGAGGGUGAGAGGGCUGGGGCAGAGCCCGGCUGGAGCACCCGCCGGCACCCGCAGCGCGGCCGCGCUCUUCCCGCCUUCCGCUGCUCUGGGGCUUCGGGGUCCGGGGGCGCCCGCAGGGACCAGAGAAGCCCGAGUGGCUGGGGCGAGCUGUGCGCGGGCUCGGGGCCGCCCGGUUCCUGCAGCGCCCGCCCAGCCGGCCUCCUCUCGCUCGCACAGGGCCGCACUGAGCGACCACCGCCGGGCCGGAGCCGGCGCUCCCCGGGCCGGGCCAGGGUGGCAGAGGACCCGCGCGGAGACCACCCCGCCACCGCCAGCGCGGACCCGGGAGGCCUCAAUAAAGCACCCCUCGGCAUCCGGGUGCCUCCUGCGCCCCGGGCCCCCAGCUCGCACACAGUUCCCACCCUGGUGUGGUUGCCCUCGCCCCCAUGA